CCGAUCCGCGCCGCGCCGCGGCUCCAUCCCUCCCGAUGGCGCUGCCCGGCGCUCGCCUCCCCUCUGACGCACUUUAAAGAGUCUCCCCCUUCAACCUCAAGGCGAGUAAUAGCGACCAAUCAUCAAGCCAUUUACCAGGCUUCAGAGGAAGCUGUUUAUGUGAUCCCAGCACUAAUUAGGCUCAUGAACUAACAAAUCGUUUGCACAACUUGUGAAGGGGCCGAUCACAUCCAUGGAUUGUCUUUGGACUUAGGGAGGGAGGGGGGGGGGGGGGCGACCGCCUUUUCCUUGCAGGAGGGAAACUUCUCCCAGCAACUUUUUUUUUUUUUUUUUUUUGGUGUGUGUGUGUGUGUGCGUGCGUGGUGCGUGUGUGUGUCUCCCUUUUGGGUACCGCUGGCUGCCGCUGCCUCCUUUUCCUCCAGCCCCUGUCUAUUUAUGUGUGUAUCUAUCCCUCCUCAAGUCACUCCCUGCUGCAAACUUCCCCGGAUCGUCUCCCGCGCACCAGAGAGAGCCAGGCAGAGAUUUGGUCGGGGACUCUCGCCGCGGCAGCAUGUUUCAGCCCACACCCAAGCGGUGUUUCACCAUCGAGUCGCUGGUGGCCAAAGACAGCCCCUUGCCCGCGUCUCGCUCCGAGGAUCCUAUCCGGCCGGCGGCGCUCAGCUAUGCCAAUUCCAGCCCGAUGAACCCUUUUCUCAACGGCUUCCACUCCACUGGCAGGGGGGUCUACUCCAACCCGGACUUGGUCUUUGCGGAGGCCGUCUCCCACCCGCCUAACCCGGCCGUGCCGGUCCAUCCCGUGCCCCCUCCCCACGCCCUGGCCGCCCACCCGCUGCCCGCUUCGCACUCCACGCACCCGCUCUUCGCCUCGCAGCAAAGGGACCCCUCCACCUUCUACCCCUGGCUAAUACACCGCUACCGGUAUCUGGGCCACAGGUUCCAAGGGAAUGAAACCAGCCCGGAGAGCUUCCUAUUGCACAACGCACUGGCCAGGAAACCCAAACGGAUCCGUACAGCUUUCUCCCCAUCCCAAUUACUGAGACUGGAACAUGCCUUUGAGAAGAACCAUUAUGUAGUAGGAGCAGAGAGAAAACAGCUGGCACACAGCCUCAGCCUCACGGAAACUCAGGUAAAAGUAUGGUUUCAGAACAGACGGACAAAGUUCAAGCGGCAAAAGUUGGAAGAGGAAGGUUCAGACUCACAACAGAAGAAAAAAGGGACUCAUCACAUUAACCGGUGGAGAAUUGCCACCAAACAAGCCAGUCCAGAGGAAAUCGACGUCACGUCGGACGAUUAAAAACUGGCACUUUCGGACUUUUCAAAGCCAGGCACCCCACCAACAGAAAGUGUUAAAGGCUCACAUCCCCCCCCCCCGACCCCCCCCCCACCCCCCGGCGUGGCGGUGCGGGGAAGGGACACGGAGAUCUUCAUCAAAACUGCGAUUCCCGUCUGGGAGGGCAGCUGGGAGCGAGCGAGGGCGAGACCGCGAGAGGGCCGAACUGUGGCACUGCCGGCACCGCUCUGGCAAGGGGGGAUCUGUCAAUCAAAGCCAAAACACCGGGACGAGGUGAUUGACAGGUAUUCCGUUUCUCACAGUCCACUUUUAAAAGCAUAACGUCAAAAAAUUAAAAAAAAAAAAUUGAAAAAAAAAAAUCUUAAAAAGAAAAAAAAAGAGACACCCCCCCCCCAACCAAACCAGAAAAAUUACCACCUUACAGGACAUUUUGCACUUCACAGUUUUUUUCCGUCUUUGAAAGAGAAAUUUCCAUAAGCAGCCAAAACCCACACCUGUUUCAGAAACUUGAAUUGCAUGUGUAAAGCCGUCUGGGCAAAAAAAAAAAAAAAAAAAAAAAAAAAAAAGGAAAAAAAAAAGAAAAAACGGAAAAAAAUUACCCCGGUUCCUAAAGACAGAAAUGAAUUGUAAUUUUUUUCCCUUUAAGACAGGUUCUGUGUGCUUUUUAAUUUUAUUUUACGAGAAAUGUGCAGUCUGUAAACAUUUUAUGAUAACUUCUGGCGUCAAAGUGUUUGUGAAAGCUAAAUGAAGUAGCAGUAACAAAGCAUAGUGUUCCUUCCGGAUGGACAAACACGGUGGGGCAGGGGAGGGACGGGAGGGAAAGGUGGGGGGGGAGGGAGGUUGGGGCUGGUCAUAACUUUUGCUGCCAAAAAAAAAAUCAAAUCAAAUUAUCCCCCCCCCCCCCCAAUUGUAUCCCCAUUGCAAAACCGGAUGAUGAUUAUUUUUUAAGAUUAAUAAAGCGCAAACCCAGCGACCAGGUUCGGCGGUGGGGACACCUCCCAGGCUGGGAGGAUCCAGAGAAAAGGGACUUAAAAUCGCGGUUUGAUUUUUUUUUUUUUUAUUUUUUUUUUUCUAAUGGCCAUUUCCAUUGGGGCAAUUUUCAAGCACUGACCUUAUAAUAUUCCGAGAUCAUAGAGCUACUAAAAGAAGUGACAAAUGUUUCCUUCAUGUCUCCUAUACCAGAAUGUAAAUAUUUUUGUGUUUUGUGUUUAAUUUGUUAGAAUUCUAACACACUAUAUACUUCCAAGAAGUAUGUCAUUGUCAAUAUUUUGUCAAUAAAGAUUUAUCAAUAUGCCCUAAA